GAACAGCUGCAGCGUGACGGUGUAGAGAAAUGUGAAAUAUUAAACAAGCCUUUCUUUAAGAGAAAUACAGUAGGGGUGUCAUAGGACGCCAUCUGUCUAAAGGGUACAGUAGAUUUAAUAAUAUAUUAUGUAGGCGCUAUGCGUGAAUCUGAAUUCUGUUACAUCUCGAUGAUACUAUGGGCCAGUUACUCAGGAAUAUCAAUCCUGCCAUGUGUUUCUAAUUUUUGAACAAACAGCCGUUUUUAAAACUUCAGUACAACGUUUUAGUUUCAGGAGUUUUUCUGUCAAACAAUAUUUUGAAAUGGAUUUUUGAUACAGCUUUGAACACUCGCUUGAGCUGACUGUUUUUAUUAUAUCCUGAUAUUACAUUAGCUCAUUGCUGUUUUGGGCUGUUGCUGUUGUGCAGAUGCCAGCAGAGCUGCAUAUUACUUCAACAAGCAGAGAUUCACUAACCUUCUCUCGCUAGAUAAGGCUGCAGUCAAGUGAACUUCUCGCUAAAGGAAAAUGAUACAGUUUUGUGAAUUCUUCCUGGUAAUUCAAGCCGUCUUCUUUUCUGCUUUGGGGGUGUCUGUCCUUGGUGAUAGCCGGACAGCUUCACUUAAUGCUGUGGAUACUGGGCAAAACAACUCUGCAACGGAUAUCGCUGAACAAGAAGCAAACAUCACAAUGCUGAACUCCAGCAGGGCCAGUCAGGCGUCUCCUUCCAGCAGAAACAAAAAUGAGCACUGCCACAUCCCCUGUGAGCUGUCAGCAAAGCUCAUAAAGGAAGAGAAACACUACAUGUGUCGAAACCUACAGCACUCUCUUGUUUCCUACACAAGAAGCACAAGGAAAUUGAUCAGGGGCAUGAUGGAAGAUCAUCACCAAUCCCUGGAGUUUCUUUCAAGCCAGAUAAGAGAACUGAUGAACAAAGUCCAGCUGCUAAAUGCAGAAGCUUGGAGAAACAAUGUUGAGCCUUUCCCCCAUAAACCUGUGCAGUCUCACGGGCAGGACUGCAGUGUCAUCAGAGACAGUGUCGACUUUGAUUCUAAAACUCCGAGCGGAAUUUACAUCAUCCAACCUGAUGGAACUGAUUAUCCAUUCGAGGUGUUUUGUGAAAUGGAUUAUAUGGGUGGAGGAUGGACUGUAAUACAAAGACGAGUCGAUGGGAACAUUGAUUUCAACAGAGCCUGGUCAGAGUAUAUGGAUGGAUUUGGGGAUCUUUCUGGUGAACAUUGGCUGGGUCUUAGAAAGAUUUUCCAUAUUGUCAACCAGAAGAAUACCAACUUCCACCUCCAGGUGGCGCUGGAGUCCUGUGAUGGCACAUCUGCUUACGCCUCCUAUGACAACUUCUGGAUGGAAGAUGAUAGCAGAUUCUUUAAGAUCCACUUGGGUCGCUAUGCUGGCAGUGCAGGAGAUGCAUUUCGAGGGUACCGGCAAGAGGACAACCAGAACUCUAUGCCCUUCAGUACUUUCGAUAUUGACAAUGACGGCUGCAGUCCAUUCUGCACCAUCAAUGGGUCUGUUGUGGAGAGCUGCAGCACUAAGAACAAUAAAACAGGCUGGUGGUUUAACCAGUGUGGCAUGGCCAAUCUCAACGGGGGUCUUCUGGAACCCGACAGCUCCAUAAACUCUCACAUUCAGUGGGACACCUGGACACAGAAUGGAAUUGCUGUCACUAUCAAGUCUGUCUCCAUGAAGAUCCGGAGAGUCUACAAUCCAUAUUUCAAAUAGUUCUUCACUUGGCUUCGUCUUAAUACAUUGAUAACAGCACUUGAUAGUUUCAUUUGGUGGUUUGAAGGACGGCUAUUUCUAAAUUUAUAAGUGUUGACUGAUGACAGUGUGUUGGUAAUGAUGCAUAACUGAUAUGUUUAAAACAAAUUAAAUCUCUAGCUUAUUGUCUGAAAAUAAUAAUGUACUUCAUUAUAUAUAAAACUACAGAAU